AUGGAGAGACCGCUCUAUGAGCUUGAUUGCGAAUUGCUUUCGCCUGUAAGUAUUUCCGGUGACAGAAAUUAGGUAAAACUAUACUUCAGUUUGCUGGCUAGUUUCCAAAUGAUGGCGACUCCACUGUAUUCUGUUCAUAUAGUGGAAAGGAAAAUUUCAAGAAUUAUUUAUUUUGAAAUUGGCAUGCCUUCUGCACUCUGCAGCUAGAGUUCUGAGGUUGGUUGUGUAAAAAGGUAGUUAACCCGUUGAGCUGCAGCAUUCUCCCCUCAAUGACGAGAAGAAUCAUCUGAAGUUAGACAGAGUAAAGUUGGGUGCGCAUCGAAGUGCAAUGCUGCUUAAUGGGUUAACAAGAAGUGUUGUCAGAUUGUUUGAUCGAUCCAUUUAGUGACAGUGCUCUCAUCUGGACGAGUAAAAUUGUCUGGUGUUAGACAGAGUAAAACAAAGCAGGGCACAUUGGGCAUUUGGGGCUCAAUGCAACUUAUGCACCUAUCAAUGUUAAGCCCCAGAGGGGGGGGGGGGUGGUCGGGCAUAGGUGGGGCAUUUGAUUUUUUGAGCAAAUUUUCAAUCAAAUGCCCCACCGUUGGGCAAUAAAUAUUGGUCAAAUACCCCACCAUUUUGCAAUAAAUUGCAAUAAAUACUAUAUUAAUAAUAAAAGUCAUUCGGUUCAAAUCGCCCCAACUCAGGGCCAAAAUGUUAAUCAAAAUCCCCAGGGUGGGGAUGCAGUUGAUGAUCAAAUACCCCACAUAUGCCCGACCCCUCUGGGGGUUAACAUUGAUAGGUGCAUUAGUUGAGGCAAAUUUGUAGUAAUACAAUUGUUUACUUUAUAUUUAGACUGCAUUUCAUGCCAAGUAUUCUCAACUGACUGCUCCAACAAGUCUCUUUCAAAGAUUAGGACAAAGAGGUUUGUCAAAAUACAUGACAAUUAAUAUGCAUAAGCACUUUUCAAGCACAUGAUGUAUUAUGCAUCUAAAUGAGUCAUUGGCACAGUCGGGCCAACCUGACUUGAUCUGCAAGGUAUAGUGAUUGUGCUUUUGACUUUUUAGAAUUUAAAACUGUUGCUGAAAAUGUGGAAACAGAAAAGAGGGAGCGACCACUUACUCCUGUUGAAGUAAGUACACAAUACACAUGCACUAGUCGUCAAUGCAUGGGUCAUUUCAGACAGGAUCCACUCUCCCCAUACAGGGGUGAAAGGGGAGGGUGAAAAUUGACUGGAAGGGAAGGGUGAAAACUGACUUCUAGUACCUUAACAGUAUAAGUUAUGGGGUGGAAAUGGAAUGACCCAUUGCAGUGUAGAGAGCUUUUGAAAGCAAGUAAUGUUCUUGAUUUACAAACGCUGAGUGGAAGUUAAUUGAGCCAUUAUGGCUAUUCUUUUUCGAAAAUACGAGCUUAAAACUUCAAAUUUGGCUGCCGUUCUUGAUUUCAAGCACAAGCUGCUGAUGGCAUCAACCCUUGAGCCAAAUGUUGCUUUUAAGCUCUCUAAUCCAGCAUCUAAUACUUACAAUCACUUUGCUUCUCAACACCUAAAAGUCUUGUAAAAGAUUUCCAGUCUGUUCUAAAAUCAAACAUUUUGUUUAUUUAGGAAGCCAUCAGGGAGCCAGUCAAGUCAUUUAACCAGCUGUCUCACAUUUUACGAAAACGGAUAAAAGCAAAAUCUCAUCCUGUUCCUGGUCUGACAGCCAAUCAGCAGCAAGCGCUGGUAACUGUUACAUUCAGAAAUUUCCAUUUCCAGUUUCUUGCAAUCACAAGUCAGACAUUACCGAGUCUAAUGUUAACCAAGGGCAGAUUUUCAUUUAUUUAAAAGGAGGGGUUUAAAAAUUUCUGGUCUGGUGCAAGCGGCACCUGACUCAGUGAGCUUCGGCAGGGGCUAGGCGUUUGGGUUAAAGCCUUUCACACAAAAUAGGAGGGAUGAAGCGAAAUUUUGGUGGGGUUGAACACUUUAUUAGAGGGGUUAGAGAGUUUCUAGUAGGGGGAUUUAACCCCUCCCCCCCCUAACCCCCGCCCAGUAAAUCUGCACAUGAUGUUAACACACUUUUGUAUGUAUUGCAGAUGGGUGUGGUUGUUUCAGAACUAGGCAGUUCUUGGUCCGAAGUGAAACGUUUGGCCCCGGAUCCAUUUCUGGUGAGUAUUUCUAUCAUAUUGUCUUAAACCCAUUCAGCACUGAGUGUUCUCCCCUUGACAAGUAAAAUUGUCUGGUGUUAGACAGAGUAAAAUAACAAAGUAGAGCAUAUUAGGUGUAACUCAAAGGGUUACUGUAAUGCCUGAAUUGACUUCAUUUUUAGAGCACAGAACAGAAUCAAGAAGUUGAAAGGUAAUAAUGAUUGAAUUGUGUUCACUUGACAUAAAAUUAAAACAGUUUAAUUUAUAGAUCAAUACCGUAAUUAUAAUAAUUAACAAUGAAUAAUAAUUAUUAUUUAUAAUAAGACACAAUGACCACAAUUUGAACAUAAAUUAUAUUUGUUGAACAGGUUUUUAGCUAUCGAGCUCAUCAACAUUGCUGAAGAUAUAUACUUUAAUACAAUAGAUAGGGCGAAAGGUAUGGACAAUUUAAGUGUGAGUCUUCUUUUGUGAUUCAUUUGUGAUUUUGUGGGAUUUCUGUACAGUCAAAUGUUUUUCUAGGGAGUUAUACAUGUGGAAAAGUUAAAUCCAUUUAGACGUGUUAAGUAAUUGUGAAUUGAGGUGUAUAACAUGUGUUUUAGAACUACAUGAUCGAGGUGUGUUUACAACAUACGCAAACAACAGUCGGUUAAAGGCCCAAAUGGCAUUGGAGGCCAACCAAAGGUAAAGUUAUGCAGUGGUAUUAUAUAUUACCCUAUUUUAGGUGAUUGACCAUGCCAGUAGGAAUCAUACCUAUGACUUUAAUGGUUUCCUAACUAGUUGAAUGCUCAAUCAAAUGAGCUACAGUUUACAAGGUCAAGUAAUAGUGAUUGACAGAUCGUAUCGGGGCGAUUUUUGCCUUAUCGGUAGACAAUUGGCAUCGGUAGACAAUUGGCAUCGGUAAAAUUAUCUAUAUUUCCGAUUGUCUAAAAUCGAUUGUUGAGAAAAUGCACACUUUAAAAAUUAUAGCAUUGCAUAUUGUGUUCUAACGCAAUAUGUUAAAUUAAUGCGUAAAGCGUGCCAUUUAUUAACGGUUUUAACGAUCUUUGGUUGCAGUAACAGCACAGAGUAGAGACAUACACUCAGAGACGUAACUGACCGUUGUAAACACUGCGGAAGAUUACGUUAUCAUGUACCCACUUUUUUUCAGGCCACCGGGCGAAAAAUGAUCAACUGCGCGUGCUCAGCAAGUUUAAAGUGAGUCGCCAUCAGGUCGUCAUCCAAUCAGAUGCAUGCAUCUAGUAACUUGCAGAGCAUGCGCACAAAAAAGUGGGUACACUAGUUAAGUCUCUGUAUGUCUCUGCUCUGUGGUAACAUGUUACGUUUGGAAAUUAUCGUUAAAAAAUCGACAUAAAUGACGUCACGUUUACUCGGUCGACUGAUAUUAUGACGUCAUUAUAAAAUCGGUAUCCGGCAGAUUGUGGCAUGAAUAAUCGGUAAUUGAUGAUUUCAAUCACUUCGAAUCAAUCACAUGUCAAGCAAUUUUUCAGUUUGCCCUAGCUGUACACAAUCAUGUAGUCUAUACAGUCACACAGACUAAUGUUAGAACUGUAACCAUUUGGUGGUUUAUCACUAAGGUUUUUGUGACUUUGUAGUUUUGAUGUGCGUAAGAUCCAGAAAAGAUUGACGUCAGGCUUCAAACAGAGGUUGUCACUCGCACAAAAUAACCGUGCUUCAGCAAGCGACUCAGAGAAUACUUUGUAUACACCGACAUUGGCACAUUUCAGCUUCAAGGUAGCUUGUUUUAUAACACAGUCAUACCGGACCACUUGGGUAUAUUAACCUACGAAAAAGCCGUGACAACUAAACAAUAGACCGGUGCAUGCAACUGAACCGUAAUCUGACGAAACCACACAGACACUGCUUAGCUAGCCACAACUGAACCAGGGGUGGAAAAAAGGCGAGCACUGCUCUUAGGAAAUGUUAAACAGGUGCAGGAAAUGAGUUCUCUAACUAUUAUAAAAGCCAAUAUAAAACAAUAUAUAAAAGCCUUCCUCUACCCUCGACACAGCCGGAUUUAUAGGAAUACAACUACCUGAAAAAUACAAACAGAACUGCGAUGUUUCGAGCAAAAGCUAUGUAUUCGUCAACCUCAUACCCAGGUUCUCAAUUUUCGCGCCUACCUCGCUUGAAUUGAAACCCUGGUAUCGGCUGGUCACAUGACCUGUCAUAUUUUGGCGGAUUUGCUCAAUUGUUUUUAGGGAAAGGAUAGUAACUGAAAUGUUUUGUUUUGUAAUGUUAUUUUAACAAUAUUAAUGUUUACUACAAUAUCUACUUACUAUACUUUCCCUAAAACAAUUGAGCAAAUCCGCCAAAAUAUGACGGGUGACGUGACCAGCCGAUACCAGGGUCUCAAUUCAAACGAGGUAGGCGCGAAGACUGAGAACCUGUACCAGUUGAAGAUAUAGAGAAUAAUACAUGGGUGCGCGGAAAUACCAGAUUUAUUUCUCGUGUUGAACAUGAUAUCUCAAGAUUGAGCGCAGCGAACGAGUGAGAUAUCAUGUUCAACACGAGAAAUAAAUCUGGCAUUUCCAAGCAUCCAUGUAUUUUUCUGUUUAUUAUAUAAAGGACAGUCUUUGAAAAACGAUAAUUUUUACAGAAAAGCGAUAAUUGAAGAGCGAUAAUUUUCAUAUGUCAAAUUAUCAUAAAUAAUGUGAGAUUAUCAGUUUUAUCAGCGCUCGAAAUCUCUAUAAAGCACUAUAGUUUAUAUAAUAAUGUAUUUUACAUCAUGACACUUUUGUUGAACCAGAGAAAGAAGAGGAGGCCAACACUUGCGACGUUAGCGAACCAACCAAGGUUGACGAGGGAGCAGAGAGAUAGGAAAAGACGUGAUACUGAUAUUAUGCAGGUACGUACAGAAUCUCACUUGCGGGCGGGGGGGGGGGAUGUUUGGGGGUUGGGUUUGGUUUCACUGCUUGUCUGUAUGGAUAGUAGCAAGUUUUGAAUCCGGUGGCUAAUAUAUAGUAUUCAGAUUGUAGUUUACUGUAUCAAUCAAUACAUCUUGACAGGGACAAUCAGUUGAUAUCCAGGGAGGGAACAUCUCUCUUUGUAAUUUCUGCCGUUGUCACUACUAGGCAUAAAAAAUAUGUGGGUUUCCUAUUUCUUCUUGUAAAAACUUAGGUAGGGUAGGUCGGUUUUAAUUUUUUUUUUAAAACUUUUUUUUUAAUUUUCCUAACAAGCGGACGUCAUUUUGUUUAGUCAGUGCUUCCACAUACAAAAAUAAUUUUCCCGAAUAUUGCCUCAAAUUUCCAUUUUCCUCAAACGUUUUUCUCUAAGUGGAAACACUUACAAGCAUGAUCCAAUAAAAAGUUUAGGGUAUGGAUUUCGGCGUCCAAAAGCUAGGUAGGGUCGGGAAACCGGAAAUCCACAUAUUUUUUUUGGCCCUACCGUAAUACAGUACGUCUCUUAUAAAAUGUCAUAUGAUUUGCUGUUGUAGCUUCAGACUGAGAUGCCAGAUAUCUCUCUUCAACGAGUCGAAGAAACCCUUGGAAUAUAUUCUUAUGAUAUAUACCAGAGACCCGAGAGUGGUAAGGAAAACUGUUAAAAAUGUAGGUACGCUGUCGCGUACACGGCAUCUACUGGAUCAAACUGAAACAAAGAAUGCUUAAUGUGAAUAAAAUACUCUAAAAACUCAAAACACUUACUAUGUACUCUAAAAACUCAAAACAUCUUCACCUUAAUACUGAAUAAAACUUUCUUCGAAGCUCGAAAUUUGCAAUUUGUGCGGCGAAUAUUUUUAUUCCAACAAAAGAAAGCGCACGAUAGAAAUAGAAUGAAUAUCAAACCAUUUAUCGUAAACAGUUAGUCCUGCGAGUACUUUUUAAAUAACAUCGCUCUGUGUCAGAAAUUGCGUUGCAUGUUGCAGCAGUCUUUUCUAACAUGGCCUUUGCCGUAACCAUAGUUAAUAGAAUAGAUGGUUUGGAAACUCUUCAGAAUAACAAUAUAACUCAUUAUCUAUGUUAGUCAACGUUUAUUCAUAAAUCUGGUCCUUCACCGUCACGUGUGUAUUGUAUUUUUGCCAAAUCCACCAAUACCAGUUUUCAAUUUACCUAUUGUUGGAGUCACGGAUAGGUAACUUUCCUAAAACAUUGCUAUUGGUUAGUUGGGCAAAAAUGCAAUACACACGUGACGGUAUAAAGGAACAUAUUUAUAUGAAUAAACGUUGACUAACAUAGAUAAUAAAGGAAUACCGAAUGGUUUUCCUUGCAGGAUUGCGUGAUCCAUGCACGAGGGAUGUCGCGAGACUUUCGGAAAGUGUAAAAAUACUCGAGCCGCAGGCGCGUGUAUUUUUACGCUUUCCGAAAGUCGAGCAACAUCCCAAUUGCAUGGAUCACGCUAUCCUGUUCGGAAAACCAUUUGGUAAUUGUUUUAUUAAAUAACUACAGUGAAACAAUGACAUUUUGAGAAUCCCGCGAAAAUCCCGCGAAGGCAUUUUAAUUCCUCGUACAGGAUAGCCUGAUCCUGCACGGCUAUUGACCAAUCAAAUUGCGCGUUUCACUGUAGUUAUUAUUAUAUAAUGAGUUAUAUUGUUAACUUAUUCUGAAGAGUUUCCAAACCAUCUAUUCUAUUAACUAUGCCGUAACAUGUUUUAAUUGACAGAAAAAGAGGAAACUGUUGACGAUUCAAGCAACGAUUCAGUCCAGGGGUACGUUCGCAUGUUCAUUAACCAUUUCAUAUCCCAAUUUCAAAUUACCUAUCACAGAGGCGUCUUACUCCAUAUUCAAAGCGUAUCAAGCCAAAGGUUUCUUUUGUUUUUAGUCAGGAAAGUCUGAGACCAACGUCUGGUGUUCAAGUAUGUAUACGAAUAGACCAAUCCACCACAUUUUUCACUCCUUGUGUGACUGCAAAAGAAAGACAAUUUAUUUAAACCAUCGGAUCUGAUUUAUAGAGGCGGAGUCAAUCAUUACCAAACCUUCUGGUUGGAGAGUCACUUUUAGACGAACUUGGUAUACCGGAUGAUGUUAAGCCAGGUAGAAUAACUUAUAAAGCAUUUAGCAUUAGCAGUAAACACACCCAAUCGACUGAAAGAUUUUUAAAACAAUAGCAAAUUUGGCGCAGGUCAUAAAUUCUAAGGAUUUGUAAGAAAUGUUCCUACUGUGAUCACAGAAACUGUAAACGAGUCUAUAAAGCAGCAAUGCGCACUAUUAUGCACCUAUUUUAACCCACAUGGGGAAGUCUGUACGGUGUACUAAUCAAAAUAUUGUCUGGUUUUAGGUCGUCGUGGCAGUGUUGAUAACCUAGGGGUAAGUUGAAUGGUUUAUAUCCCUAUAAGGCUUUGCGUGGUGCACUCAUGAACCAUCUCAUAGCUAUUUUCUUACUUUUCUUCAGAUUAAUCUUGCAUGUGGUGGAAGUCUGGCGUCGAUUGACAGUGCAAGUGUCCUAGGAGGAGUAAGGUGGGCGAGGUUUAUUCCUUGCUUUUAAGAUACGCACUGUCCUUCAAUGUAGAGGACACGUUUGUUUUCAUUAAUCUUGCAAUAGACCUUAUGCAUAAUGACGUCACAAGGCUUGAUGCCCGAGAGGAAUGCUGGUCUUAGUAGUCAUCGCCCGGGAAAAUUUCAAUAGUGGUCAUUUUGAAUGGAGACCAGCAUUCCUCGCGGGCAUCAAGCCUUGUGACGUCAUUAUGCAUAAGGUCUAUUGAGUAAUGAUUUCUCGUUCAUUUGUUCAGAGGUCAGGAGUCAAAUUAUCUAUCUGCAGAUCUAAAGAGAUUAGUCUGUGAUGAAACAUUUUCUAAGGUAUAUAAUAUUGUAUAAAAGCUUGGCAACUAUAAAUACUGUAUUUCACGUAACUCAAGUUAUUAAUAAAAGGUGUAAAUCUUAGGUCACAACAACAGAACAAGACCAAGAUUUACCUCCCUUGCUUCAGGUCAGUUUAAAGAUGAUGAUCAUGAAACAAACUUGUCUAGUACACCAUUUUGUACUGAUUCUCAUCGCAAUCAAGCAAUUUUUCAGCUCGUCUGGUGUGGAGCCACUUAUAGAGGAAUAGCAUCACAUCUGUCUUAUAUUUUCAAUAGGCUUUAAGUUACCAGAGUACAAAGAAAAAGAAAGUAUUACAACCAAGUUGCGAUAUCGAGAAUGAAGAGAAUGAAGUUGCAUCAACUGUGGCAUCUUCUGUCGCUUGUCAUGAGGAUUUUGAGGAGAACAACGUUAGUAAUAAUGUCCCAUGGCCUUUGUUAGUAAUAUUAGGAAGACGAAAACGCAUUAAAAGACCUAGUGAGAUGCCCCAAAUCCUGAUAUACCUUGCACUUGCAUCACCUUAGUGUGGUGACGGUGGCGCAGUCGUCACAACAAGCGCCGUUCACCUCUGAGAUCGUGGAGGCGGAGUCAUGUGAAAAGAGUCAGUCAACGCUCUGCCGAAAGUCGUAGGUUUUCUCCGGGCGCUCCGGUUUCCUCCCACAGGGAAAGUUGACAGGGUGGGUUAGGAUAUUACUUUAUCACAAUUGUUGUAAAGAUAAAUAGUCUAAGCUUAGUGGGUACACGGCAAUACUGAUGAAAACAGGAUUGAAGAAUGCUUUGCUGCCCACAUUGUUCACAGUUGUCAACAAUAUUGAACAAUAUUGUUGACAAGUGUGAACAACGUGGGCAGCAAAACAUUGUUCAAUCCUGUUGAGCAGCAAGCUUGGUUUUUUUUUGCCGUGUAAUAUAAGUAAGCGUAAUACUUGAUGUAAUCGGUCACUGAAAAGCCGCGAUGGCGAGUGAGCUUGAAUAAUCAUAAUCAUAAUCAUCAUCAUAUAGACCCAUUGCACUGACGUCACAAAUCCUUCGAGUGUCCUCCAGAUGCUCCCUAACAAUAUCUGUUCGGGUACAACAACCACAUACAGCGCAAAAAUUAACCAUUUUAAUACAAAAUUAUUAUAAAGUUUUACAAAAUUUGCUUUGUUUACAAAAGUUAUAUGAUGCAUACAUUGCUAAUUUGUCCUCCAGAUGCAUCGUCAUCGGCGCUGUGACGUCAUGUGCAAUGAGCGCUGCACGUGAAUCGCAGGACCACAGCAGGGCGCUGACCACAGCUUCGAUUCCCACCGCUCCUGGUUACGUCUAAGAUAUGUACAAAAUUUACACUCGAAAUUCCAUAACAAUGGUGCCAUACAUACACUCACAGUGGCGUAGCCAGCCCGACAAUUUAGUCCCGCUAUGCAAAUUGAAAAUUAUUAUCAUAAUUAUUUAUUUCUUUAGAAAUUGAUUGUUUUCACAGUCAAUGAACACGAGAAUAUUUGCAUAGCGGGACUAAAUAGUCGGGCUGGCUACGCUACUGUACACUCGUGAUCUUCUUAAUCUGUUUUUAGCCCGCACCACCCGUUCAGCCUGCCACCGUGUCAACCAGAUUGCCAGAUAAGGUAAAAUAUCAACGUACGGUGAUCGCUUUUUUACAACGAGUGAUUGUUAGUAUACAAUCUCUUCAAGACUCCACGGUUUGGAUCUAUCUUGCAUUAUCACUGGAUCAAUGAUGCAUGGCUCUUACUGGACCUGUAGGGAGAACAAUUUAGUUCUGAUAGAGCUAUCCAUGAUAGUAGUAAUAAAGUUUGCUAGUUUAGUUUAGGUUUUCUCCUGUAGUAAAACUAGAACAACAAGAGGUUGACCUAACUGGAACUCAAGGAAGAACAGUUUAGAACUAAUUUCCAGAAAAAUAUAAGUAGUUUUAAUUAUUUUAAAUCCUUGGAAAAAUGUACAAUGUUGUUUCAUUUCAGAGUGUUGUACGUACGUCUGAUGUGCGAGUUUCAAAUCGAGUGAACAAGUCUGAAGUGACUUUAAAAACUUUUCCGACUGUCUAUAACGAUCUCAUUGGUGAGGUAAGUACAGGUAAUUGAACGGAGAUUGAUGAAGACGAAAGAGAACAGGACCAUCCACCCCACUCAGUUAAUGCACAGUUCGACAAAAUGAUUAUUUAGCAAAACAUUAAAACAACUCGCCCGAACCAAGAAGCAACUUCUACUUACCCAUAAUUAUUUUAUUUGCCCCCGGGCAAGCGCUAAGUUACAUCACUGGGCAAGCCCCAAGCACUACUAAGACCUUUUGCAUGUAUGGUAUAAUAUUUAGAUUGACGCAGCUACAGUGAAGUGGCUCGACAGAAAUCUCUACAUUGGUGAUGAAAUACGCGAGGUUUACGAAGAAGUCAUCAAGACUGUAGGAACUGACCACCUUUUGUUUGAUCAGGUUAGCUAUCAUCAUUAUCAUCAUCAUCAUCAUUACCAUCAUCAUCAUCAUCACCACCACCUUCAUCAUCAUCAUCAUCAUCAUCAUCAUCAUCAUCAUCAUUAUCAUCAUCGUCAUCAUCAUCACCACCGUCAUCCUUGUUUGUCCCCUCGACACCUUUCUCCAAUCUAUUCUGUCGUCAACUUUACCCAGAUCCACCACUCCUGAUUUCCUACUCCCCGCUGCGUUUCCUAUAUUCUCUUCACGUGGCCAUACCAUCUUAAGACUGUUUUCCACUUCAACCGUAUCGUAAUGUACAGUAGCAUGUUCUUUUGUGUCGAAGUCAUUAUCCACACUAGUACUCAGAAAACAAAAAAAUACGCUUCGGUACGAUACGAUUGAAGUGGAAAACUGGCUUUAGUCUAGUUUUUCGUAUCUCUCUAACUUAUCACACUGUUAUAUUUAUUACAGGAUCCUUAUGUGGAGAAGCAUGCAACAGGGGUGGACUUCUCUAACACAGUACAUUCAUCGAUGUUGUCAGGCAGUAAAGAUAAUCGCAUAAUUAAUCCCUCAUUACAUCGUGAUAUCCCGCCUCCCUGGGGAAAACAUCCUAUUGAUGAGUGGAAAAACAGGUGAGAAUGAAAGAACUGUUGGUUUCGAAUACUCAACCCAGAAGGAACCGUUUAAAAACAAAUGUAAAGGCUUUUUCACGCUAUCAAAGUUUGUGAUCACAGUAGGAUUUUGCAUAGGUAAGUUUGGCAGAAUUUGUAAGAAAUAUUUGAGGGAACUGACUGGAUAUCUGGAACAAACAUUGAUUAGGUUUCCUCAAACAUUUCUUACAAAUCCUUCAAAACUUGGAAUUUACCUGUGCUGCAAAAUUCCUACUGUGAUCACAGAAACUUUGAUAGUGUAAACCAGACUUAGGGCUCUGAUUUGAAAUUUUUGUAUUUUUAUUUCUUCAGUCCAAUGUUUGGAGAACUUGGUCGACAGGACAUAUUGAACGUAAGUAAAAACUUUUUUGUCUUGAGUUCUGGGUGUGAUGUGCAGAUACAUAUGGGAAGUGCAGGAUUGUAUCUUUCAUCUCUGUCACAAGGCUUCAAUUCCUCAUGCAAACUUGUAUGAUUAUAAAUUAUUUAACCUCAGUCAGUCCCAUGCGAGAAGAAUGCUUCCAUUUUGACAAACAUCGCAAGUUUUUUGCGCGUGCACUGAACCAAAAAAGGGAGUGCCUUAACUGGCACUCUAGGGAGAACAGUUCAGAAUUGACAGGAUACUCAGUACCUAUUGCUGUAUCAAAGUUAGUUUAGAUCCCUCCUGUAAUAAGACAGGAUCAACAAGUGUUGGCGUUUACUGAAUGACAGUUUAGGCCAUACUGAGAGAGUUAUCCAACUUAUUUUCAUUCACAUGAUAGAUGGGUCAACAAGGUCUGAGUGAUUUUCCUGGUAAAGCAAGCAAGUCGUAUAACUCGUGGUUAGCGUGGUGGAGAUCAACUAUCACUGCUGAUGACUACUUCAAAUAUUUAUCUACACAGGUACUGGAAAACGACACACUGUAACUGCCCAGCCGGCCAUGUCUUCAAUAACGAUGAAGCCACCAUGCACCCCUCUCUAUUAAGUAAAUAAAUAAGCCUCGAGGAUUUACGGUAUUCCUCAUUUUCCCCCAGGAUAAUGACUAUCUGUCAUUGGCGUAUCAUCUCUACGAGUCAGAUGACAGCGACUGUGAAAAUGACGGUGAUAAAGAUCGCAAACCAAGUGCAAGAGAACUUGAGUUGAAGAGGUGAGAGUUUUCUCAACUCUCAUGUUCCGGUCAAACGAGAACAAGAGUUGCAUGAGAGUUGAUGAGAGUUGAGAAGCGAGAGUUUACAUCAGAGUUUUAUCAACUCUCAUGUCCUGGUCAAACGAGAACAAGAGUUCCAUGAGAGUUGAGAAACGAGAGUUUGCUGAUGAGUUUAUCAACUCUUAUACCCCGGUCAAACGAAAACAAGAGUUUACAUGAGAGUUGACUGGAUAUCACCACGAGCGCAGCGAAAACUCUCAUCAAAAUUUGAGCCAGUUCACAGUCGAUGACAGUUGAUGAGAGUUGGCGCUCAAACGCGAGCAAGAGUUGCAACUCUCAUCCUCGUUUUGCCGAGGCUUGUAGUUCGAUUUUAACAGUCUAUGACAUUUCACUAUGUAGAGCGAGAGAAGAGAAAAUAGCGGAGAUCAGGAAAUUAAAAGAACAUUACGAUGCUGGAUAUUGGAAUGCCAACAGUGUGUUGUUGGGAGGUCUUGGGAAAUAUCCGGAUAUUACUAGUACGUGUACUUGCACUAUAUAUAAAUUCAAUUUUUCAACUGUUCUCAGUCGUUGAGACUCGUUUGUGGUUUCUUUGUGAAUUAUUAAUGAGUUUUACAAUGUUUUAUCCAGAUGAAGAGCUAGGUAUUAAUAUUGAGGUGAAUGCAGAGAGUCCUUCUCAUAAUGAAGACAGCAGUUUCACACCAUGCAGUCCUCUAACUAAUGGAGAAAGAUCUGAGGUAAGGUAUUACUAUACAGGGCCACCGACAGGUUGCCCGGGGCAAAAGUUUCCCAGGGACUCCUUCGACGUCAUAAUUGUAAAACGGAAGAGCGUUGUUUUACAAUAUAUUACACUUUAUUGCAUAUUAUCAGGCACUAACAAAGCUAGUUAUAUUCUCAGUUAAGCAAUCUUGUGUCAAGAAAUUUUAAGGGACUUUGUUGCUUUGGGCCCUUUUUGAGCUGUGAGUCCAGGGCAAAGUGCCCUCCCUGCCCCCCCUCUCAGCGGGGUUGUUCCAAUGACUUUCCGAGCCUAAAAUUCCGACACUCUCGUUCCUCAUUCCAUUCGUCGUUCCGUUCCUCGAUUCCUCCUUGUUUCGAAAUAGCCAACACCAUUUUGCAAGAAUUGAACCACAGAAGGAACAACCCUUUUCAAUAUUUGUUUAUCAAGGUGUGCACUCCGUUGAGUUUACAAGACAGACUGGAACGUGUGUGGACGCUCAUGUGUAUGCCAGAUAACCUGAGAUUGGAUAUGGCAAUUAAAUAUAGCUCGGAAACCUAUAUUGAUUCUUUGGAAGAGGUGAGAAGCAAACUAAAUAAGUAGAUUAGUUAAUAAUGAACGAAUGAUUGAUAAAAAGGUCACCUGGUCGAUUCCUACCAAGCAAUUUUUCAGUUGGAGCAAGCUGGAGUAGCAUGAUGACUCAUUGAUAUUUUUAUGUGUUUUUUUACACCCAUCAGGUAUUACAACAGUGGGAAUCUGCUGUGAAACUGAUCUUGUCCAGAGAAGCAUUGAUUAUAAAACUGGAAGAUUUUGAAAGACUUGCAUCGGAUCCGAACCGCUUCUUUGAGAAAGGUACAUGCACCCAAAUUAUUUCUAAUUAUUCUAUGUUCACACAGGACUGGACGAAAUUGGAACCGUGUGUGAAUUCGUCCAGUUACAUUUGCUGGAAAUCAGCUUCGGUUGACGGGGUCAGCGUGUAUUAAUAACAUUUCUAUCUGUCUAUCUAUUUGCUGACAAGGAGAUUCGUUAGCUGUGCUUAUAAGGAAGACUAUUAAUACCAUGGUACACCAGACAGUUUUUCUGGCACUUGUAACGCAAUUUCUGACGUUUCUAUAGGCAGCCCUGGAUCAGCUAGUUCUCGGAUUAAAGAAGCGAAGACCAGAAAACAAUUACAUCAUGUAAGUUUAAAAAAUGCAAACUCCAAGAUAUUGAUUAUUUAUUCAUUGAAUAUGAAUACGAAUGAUUUUUUGAAUAGAAUACGAAUGAUUUUUUCGAAUGAUUUUUUCUAGAAUACGAAUGAUUUUUUCUGUUUCAGAAAUUAGACAUGAUCGAAGUUCGAGUUAAGAAAAUUCUUGAAGCGAUUUAUCAAACGUUUGGUGAUAUCGUGACUUUUCAGGUAUAAACAUACACUGGUAUAUAAUAUGUAAAAGAGAAGAGGGGCACACCUCUAGUUCCAGCCGACCACAUGUAAUUUCAUCUCUGAUUGAUAGGGUCGUCCAUAUUUGGAGAAAAUGUCAAGCGACCGUACCGAGAUGUUGUAUUGGCUCCAACAAGGACGACGUCAAACUGCGCUGGAAAUGGCGAAGAAAACUGUGGAACUAAGGAUGUUAGAGAUGCCUGUAUCAGUGCAAGUAAAUAAUGUUGUGUAAUUGUCAUUCUUUAAAUUAUUCUAUGCCCAGUCAACGUCUGAAAUUCAGUCCGCUAUGAGCACUAUGAAUCAAUCCGCAAUGUUCCUUAGAGAUCCUAUAUGAUCUUAGAGAUCCUAUAUGAUCCUUAGAGAUCCGCAAUGUUCCUUAGAGACCCACAAUUGUCCUUAGAGAUCCUCUAGAAUCCUUAGAUAUCCGCAAUGUUUGUUAGAGAUCAUUGCCAGCAAGUAAUGUUGUGUGAUUGUCAUCAAUAGGCAAUUCCAGCUUUCAGUUUAUGCCUGCAGGGGAUGAUGGGAAGUAAGGUGUCAUAUUGCUGAUUAUGCUGAAAAAUUUCAAUAAAAACUACCGAAACAACGGAAAUAUUUCAAUAUUUACAAGUAUAAGCUAUCACUCUGUGUUUACACGGCCGCCAUUUUUAUUUUUUCAGCAUAAUUAGCAAUAUGAUACCUUACUUCCCAUCGUCCCCUGCACGCAUAAACUAAAAGCUGGAAUUGCCUAUUGGAAAAACCUACAGUAGGAAAACCUACUAAUGAUCAAAGUAACGGAAACGGUUAAAACUAGAAGCGUGGCUGCAGCAAGCUUAAUCACCCAUACAAUUUCAUGUACUUUAAUUAACGUACUUAUUGUCCUGGAAAUAUUUGCAGUGUGAAGGAGAUGCAACUCUCUGCUCAAUAUUUUUCAGGAAUAGUUGUAUCUCCUUCACACUGCAGCUGUCUGUUAUCGCCUCCACUUUCACUGACACCGACCGUUUCAAUACUGGGUAAUGACCGCAUAAAUAACACUUUUAUAUGAUCGUGUAAAUAUAGAAGCAAUACGAAAUAUAGGGAAGUAGAUUUGUUAUCUAAUUCUCGUGACCAAUAUGUUUACGUAUUUCUGUCUGAGAUAUUCAAAUGAGGACACACCAAUGUCAAUGACACAAACGCCUACGCUUUGUGAAAAUUGAGAGAUUUCAGGAUUUUAGGAUAGAUAAAUCCUUGAUAAGAAGUAGUUAUUAGAGCUUAAGAGUGGUUCAAGAGUUGUUGAUACAGUUUCGAAUGGAAAUGUAUAUACAUUUGCAACUUGACGUCCCUUAUUUCUUCGGAGUUUCUAUUGUAUUGUAUUUUAUCAGGUCUAUUAAUAAAUUAUAUAAGACAUAUAACUUUCCACUCGAUAAUUCCAUUUACAAUACCCUUAAUGCAACUUGAUUUCAACUACUAUUUACCACUGCUUUGCUCACUUUUUACAUUCAAACGUUCUUCUUUCGAUUCUCAAUUUCUGAUAUAUUGUAAUAUUGAGUUGAAGUUGAGCAUACUGCUGCUCUCAUGGUGUCUUGCUGUGACCUUGACAUUCACGAAAAUUCUACAUGAACGGAUCAUGUUGAAAACGUGGCUAAAAUUCCACAAACUUGCAAAAUUUUAUUUAUACGUUGAUGAAAUGUUGAAAACGUGGCUAAAAUUCCACAAACUUGCAAAAUUUUAUUUAUACUUUGACUGAUGAAAGAACAUAUACAAUAGUUGGUCAAUCUAAUAUUUUUGGAACAGGAAUAGUCAUGUACACUUGACUAUGCUCAAUGUUGUUUGUAUACGUUAUAUACUGUUCCCAACUACUGUUAUGUUCCAUUCAAAUGAGAACAAGACCGUCAUCAAAAUUUGAACCCACUCAAAGUUAAUGAAAGUUGAAGACAGUACAGUACAUUAUAUAAAACAAAUAAUGAAUGUUUAUUCGUGCAAUGCCAAUGGCAAGAAUAUUUUCAUUUGGUGAAAAAAGAUGGAAUGUUCCAUUCAACUCGGCUGUCGCCUCGUUGAAUGGAACAUUCCAUCUUUCACCUCAUGAAAAUAUUCUUACCAUUGCACUCAUAAACAUUCAUUAUUUGUAUAAGAGUCGACGAGAAUUGGCGGUCCAACACUACGAGCGAGACUUGCAACUUUCAUCAACUCUCAAUGCUGGAAUGGAUGUAUAACACUAAUAAGAAUUAAUGACUUAUUAUGGAUAUUCUUGUGAAUUUUACGAAAUAAACAAGCUAAGAAAUUGCCAAGUAGCCGCAUUUUCUAAUGCAAUUACCCUGUAAGAAACAUUUUCAUGCAGAGGUAUUACGCAGUUACCGAGUUACGUGUACUAAAUGACGAUAGACACUAUAUAGUUCAUGGUCAAAUUCCUCUUGAGUGAAGUAUCACUCCUUCUCUAUUAAUGCCUCCAGCCUCAAAGUACUGAAAAAUGUACAUAUUGUUACAUUUUACAGUGGCAAGAUUGUAAAAACCAUAGUUAUAACCUAUAUAGAUGAAUAUACCGGGAGCUUACAGUAUAUGUAUCACUUCAGCCAACUUCAGCCUGUAUAGAUGUGGUCUAUUCUGUGGUUAUGGCAUUGAAACACAACAUGAAGUACAAGCACAGAUACAAGGGAAUGUUGUGACGUGCUUAAGCACGUCCUUCACUCUCAUUGGAUGGGUAACUUUGCCCUGCUGUGUGAUUGGCUACCGAAACACGCCCUGCCAUAUGAUUGGCUGUUAAUGACGUCGUUCUAUUUUGGGAAAGUAUUGCACCACGAACGGCAACAAACAGCAACAAAAAGCCGGGUCGUCGACGCUUCAAAUUCACUUCAUAUUCUAGAUUUUGAACAGGGAAGUUUUAUCGCAUUGGAGACGUUCAAAUUCUCGGCGUUUUUCGCUGUUUAUCGCAUUGGAGACCUUCAAAUUCUCGGCGUUUUUCGCUUUUGCAGAAGUUUCGGGCACCCGUGAGAGGCGCCUGAAUUUGCCAAAACCACCGCGUUUAAAGAACCACCGUUUACGACGGCAGUUGAGUCUGUACUUGCCUUUAAAAUAAAAGAGCAAAAAAAAUGUAUAGAAUCGGAGAUUCUUGCUGCAAAACCAACAUGGCCAAACGAAUUCAGAGUCGACAGUUGCGACGAUUUUCUCGGAAAGCAUGGAGAGAACAGUCUAUACGAAAGCGAAGUACACAUUCCGUGCGGAGUUUUAGAGAUUCCAUACGAAAUUUUGACGGAAAACGAAUACAAUAUUUUGCCCUCGACUCGCAAACACGAAGCGAAGCCAAUUCAACAGCAGAACACGAAAUUGGAGGCCGAAGCCUUCACAAAGAUGGACAGUAUCUUCUUCCCGGAUCUGAAUGGUCCAUUUAAUCUUGAAGGUGAGAAAAAGUAAACUAUUUUUUAGUUGAAAAAAUCGCAAAAAUUGUUGUUUCUAUCUUGUCGGUAUCUCUUUGAUGUUUAUUUGUGAUGUCACCAUGGGGAUAUUUUGUAAUAUUAGAGUAAAAAGUUGCAAUUACGGUUUUAUUUGCAACAUUUUGUGACAUUUUAAAUAAAAAAAUACAGCAGCAUAAAUUUGCAGCAAAAUGCCAACAUUUCUAUUGACAUUCCAGUGCUUAAUAGAAUUACAGUAUUGUAUCAGACUCUUCUUUGAAUAUUUUCUGGAGUUGUUGACAAAUAGGUUUUCAGAACAAAUUCAUAAUCCCUCUAUUGUGUAAAUAUUCAUAAAAUGCUUCAAUUGAUAUAAUUAUUUUCUUUGAUUCAGAUAUUCUCCCGGAUGACCCAUGGAUUGAUAAUACAGAAUUCCCUGUACAAAACCUUGAAAAUAUACCGGAGCCUAACGUCACAGCACGAGAAGUUUUAGAAGAAACUAUUCUAUCACCGGCUGCGAACUUGCUCGGUACAACGGAAGAAAUUGAUUAUUUCUUCCCAGAAGAAUUUAUGAACCUGGCUGCAAUAGAGUCAAAUAUGAACUCUUUUAAUACUGACCCCAUGGCCGGCUUGCUGGCCAUGGAUAACGUUGUCAUGCCAAAUAUUUUUGGCGACUUCCUAGUUAAGGAGGAAAUUGCACGUCCAAAUGCUUGCCAAAUUCCGAGCCUCUUCCUUGAACCUACUCCUGAGAACAUAGUUCCUGAACCCAUCGAUGAUUUUGACACCACAGCUGUUGUACCAAAUGUCAUUCCAGCAUCGCCCCUGUCGGUUCCAGCAUCACCCCUGUCGGUUCCAGACAGUCCCGUCGAUAGCACUGAUUGUGGCAAUUUCAAUCUCUCCCUUGACAUCGAUCAACUGAACCCAGCUGUUCUUGCAUUGUUGGAAAAUCUUGAAAGAUCUGUUGAAACCAAUGAUGAACCCAACAGCAGAAAAAGAGCGCUUGUUGUCAUGGAAGAGAGCAGUGUCCCUAUUGAAGCGCCUGCCUGUAAGAAGAGAAAGCCACAGUCCUGUAGCUCUACAGACGAAGAAAUAAUUCCUGAUAAGGCCACAGAACGUCGAGUCAAAAACAAUGCAGCAUCCCGUGUCUGUAGAGCUUCAAGGAAAGCACGUCAUGGAGAAUUGUUCCAGCAAGAGAAAGAGCUGACUGAGGAAAACAAGGAAUUGCGAAGCAAAGUUCAAAAACUGUCGGCAACUGUCGAGUACCUACGGAAAAAUCUAGUCUAUAGGUUAAGCGCACAGCGCAAGUAA